GCAAAGCAUUCUUUUUAAGUGAAUGUAAAAAAAUUUAUUCCAGCUGUGUGGAUUAGCCCUCGCUAGGGUUUGAUGAUGUAGAGCGUGAGCGGAGAGAGGCUAUGGCGGAGGAAGCGCGGUGAUCAUUAGGGUUUAGCGAGUUUUUCCAAGUGUCCCUACACUGGAAUCGCAGGGUCCCGGCGCGGAGAAGUCCACUGUUUCAGAGUUUUUUUUCUGCAGCGCUUUUCUUGAAUUGUUCCGUGAUAUGAUGUUUGUCGUGUGUGUCCCCGAUCGCGAUUUCACUCAAUCUAGCUGCGCUCGCCUCGAAUCUUUGAUCUUUCCCCUCGAAUCGGUCCUUCUUUCCAAUCUUUGCCAGUAAAGAACGCAAAUCGUCGCGGCCAGAGAGAGAGAGAGAGAGAGAGAGAGCGAGAGAGGAGAAAGAGAAGCUCCGUAAUAUCACGCGGCGGAGCUCCAAAGAUACAGUGAAUGCUGCGCGGCAGCAGAUCGAUCGGAAUUGGAAUCGUCUUGGCGACAUUUCGAUCGAUGCAAAGAAGCGGCAUCUCGAUCUGACCGACACGCGCUCGCUAGCUCCAUUUUGGCGUCCGUGAGGAUGCAAACGUAUGGAGUUCCUCCCGACGUGCAGCAAUUCGUGGUCGGGAGGGGGCCUGGCGGCGGCCACGCCUCGCAUCACAUGUUCUCGAUCUCUUCCCAGGAAAUCCAUCACUCGCAGCAGCAGCAGCAGCAACACGCGGUAGCAGCAGUGGCGGCCGCGGCGGCAGCGCACCACCAUCUCCAAAGCUCCAGUGCAUCACACCAGCGAAUUCAGCAGUCUCAUCACCUCCACACCCAGCAGCAGCAGCAGCAGCAGCAGCAAGUCGUCCAGCAGCUGGGACUCAGCCCAGACUCGGCCGAGGCGCCAUCGCCCAUCGCAACGCGGCCAUCUCCCAGCGGCAGCGCGGCCUACAGGCAGACCCUCACGACGAUUGGCGACGACGAGACCACCGGCGAGGAGCGAGGAAUUGGCGGCAAUCGAUGGCCGCGGCAGGAGACAUUGGCGCUGAUAAGGAUCCGGACCGAGAUGGACGCAAACUUCCGGGAUUCUGGUCUUAAGGCGCCGCUAUGGGAAGAAGUUUCCAGGAGGCUUGGCGAGCUGGGAUUCCAGAGGAGCGCCAAAAAAUGCAAGGAAAAGUUUGAGAACGUCCACAAGUACUACAAGAAAACCAAAGGUGGCAAAGCCGGUAGACAGGAUGGAAAAUGCUACCGAUUUUUUGCGCAAUUGGAAGCUUUGUAUGGGUCUAAUUCUAGUGGAGCAGGUGGUGGCCCAGCCACAGUUGGAGCUGGCGCUGCGAAUUUACUGCAAGGCGAGGAUCACAGCAAUGGGCCAUUCCUUCUGUCCAGCGGAAGUGGGAUGGCGCCAACUACGACCAACGGAGCGAAUUCCUCGGGCCAGAGAUUUUCGGAGAACAGCGACGGCGCUGCGAACUUGCUCUCGGAUACCGAUGACGAGGAGUACGACGAUCCGGACCGGAACGACAAGAGGAAGCGGAAGAGGAAAUCUUGGGCUUCGCAGAUGCUGUUCCUCGAGAACCUGAUUCGCAAGUUCAUGGACAAGCAGGAUUCCAUGCACAGGAAGUUUCUCGAGGCCAUAGACAGGCGUGAGCAGGACAGGCUGCUCAAGGAUGACGCAUGGAGGAAGGAGCUGGGGAGGAUCCAGCGCGAGCAGGAGCUUCGGCGGUCGCAGGAGCGGUCAGUUGCAGCGACCCGGGAUGCUGCGCUCGUGGCAUUCCUGCAGAAAGUUACUGGCCAGACGCUGCAGCUUCCGCAAGCCAUAACUCCGGUUGGGAAGCAGCAGUCGGACUUGCAGGAUGAGGACUUCAAAGAGCACUUCGAUCCCAACAGCAAGAGGUGGCCAAAGCAGGAGGUACACGCCUUGAUUCGUCUCAGGAGCGGGAUGGAGUCGAAGUUCCAGGAGCCCGGUGCUAAGGGCCCGUUAUGGGAGGAGAUCUCCACAAGCAUGGGACAUAUGGGCUACAGCCGGAGCUCCAAGCGCUGCAAGGAGAAGUGGGAGAACAUCAACAAGUACUUCCGAAAGACAAAGGACAGCUCCAAACGGCGAUCAGAGAAUUCAAAGACUUGUCCCUACUUCCAGCAAUUGGACAUGCUCUACCGUACCGGCGUCCUCACUCCUCCCAACAGCAGGUGCCUGACUGAUCAAACCGCCGCAGUAAACGAACUCCAGGAACACCUCAGUGGUCACAGAGAGGAUAGCAGCGGGCAGCCCCCGGAGAUGCUAGCAAUUAUGCCGCAGGGAGCCGAGAGUGGUCCAGCAAGCGACACUCCUGUCACGCAGUUCUACGCUAGCGCCGAGAACUCUCAGCAGCAGCAGCAGCAGCAGCAGAACAACGAGAAGCCAAACUCGGGUGAUGCGUCGAGACACAUGAGCUUGAGCCUGAUUGGGAUCCACCAUGCGGGUGGGGCUGAGAGCUUUUCAGGGACGAACAACAGCAAUGACAAGCCUAUCACAGUGGGAGUGGGAGCUCGGGCUGGAAACUUGGUGGAGGAGAUAUUGGAUGCUCAACAGCAGCAGCACCAGCACCAGCAGGAGCAACUUAGCAGCGAAACGACGCGGGAGACCUGGCAGCAGCAAUUGCAGCAACGUGCAGCAGAUAAAAGUGGCUCGAACUGCAGCAGGACCCCUCCUCCCCCCUCCUCCAAGGAUGCUGCAUUGAUAGCUCUGGUGCACAAGUUGACAGGCCAAGCUUCUCCGGUUGAUAUGCCACUAGGAGCAGCAGCAGCAGCAGCGGCAGUGGCAGGAGCAGGAUCCAACUCAGGCUAGCUGGCAAGUUGGGUCCAGGGAGGGGUACUACGCUCGAUUCAACCGCAUCGAUCAAUCCAGUGGGACGAUCUACUGCUGGUGCUGGUGCACUCCUCCACACUUCGAAAAAGGCAAGCUUUCAUCUCCGAGCGAGCCUUAACUACGCGGGUUGUGUUUACAGGUUCUUCCAUUCCGUGUACUAUAUGUACCAGUAGAUAAGUGGGGUCCGACGCGCUCUAUAGCUGUGUGGAUCACGACUGGGGGUGGCGGGCAAAGAUUACAGAGCAAGGAAAGUAGAAAGUUAAAGCAACGACGGGGAAGUCUGGAGGAACAAGACUAUCAAGGGGGGGCCUAGGUGACAAGGAAAAAAGCAAAGCUCCAUGGAAGCGAGAUUGCCGCUACAUACACUUUACAACAAUACCGCUGUUAAAAACGAGUGAGGGGCCGGGCAGGGUGGUGAUAUCGCAGAUGUAGAUAGAUGGAUGGAUGGAUAGAGAGAUACUUUAGAGAGUAGAGCACAGGAGACAGAAGGAAAAGUAUGUAGCAACAAGAGGAGCAAGCACAGAACAGGAGGCGAGGAUUUGAUCAACUAAUUUUGUGAGGGGUGGUGAUGUUGAAGUUUCUCGGGUUUCUUAAUUGGUGUGGCGAAAUAACGAAAAAGAGAGAUGAAGUUAUACACCACCAGCGUGACGCCAAACUGUGGACUCGUUCGCAGCACACGGGCGAGGCUCCCUUUGAACAGCGCUCUUGGACCCUCUGCCACCCAUACGCUCUUGAGGCAAGCCAGCGCGUUCUCGUGCGGGAUCUGGCCGUCCGGAAGCUCCAUCUAUAAGAAGAAGAACAUUUUGUUAGCGGGAAGAUCGGGUAUGGCGGAGUUUGUGGACUUACUUGUAGCCUCGUCUUGACGACGUCCAUUGGAGUGGAGAGAACUGUCGCAGGAAUGGCUGCUAGGAAUCCAUCGGCAAAUCCUUGGUCCGGGUAGAGCUGGCAGAGGAUAGCGUAGCACGCGAAGAAAAUGCCCGAGCUUGGGAUGUCUCUGGCCAGCGUCACCCCUGCGCCGUGGUACAGCCCCCGGAAGCCUAGCUCCUUGACUACUUCGCAGAAGCCACGCUUGUUGGACGUUGUCUGGGUUUGGAGCCGGACUUUGACGAUCUCCAUCGGGUUUGUGAAGACCACCUGCGAGAAGCCUCCACCGCUCCCGGCAAUGAGCUCGAGAAACCACAGUCCAGUGCCAGGCAUUACGUGCUCCAGCAGCUCUAGCAGGAGCUCGUUUACUGUCAGCUUUACAGCCUGCGUUAAGUAUUAAAAGAAAUAAAAAAUGUUUAGACCUUGGAAUAGAAAA